CCAGGACCAAUGGGAUUACCAGGACUAGAAGGACUCCCAGGAGAAAAGGGUGACCGUGGACCCUCUGGCACACCAGGAAUAGCAGGGACACCGGGAAAGCCUGGAUCUCCAGGGUCCCCAGGAAUGCCAGGUGAACCUGGUGAAAGAGGACCUAUAGGAGAUAUAGGAUUCCCUGGGCCAGAAGGGCCACAAGGAAAACCGGGAAUAAAUGGAAAAGAUGGAUUGCCAGGUCCUCCGGGUGCUGUGGGGAGACCAGGAGACCGAGGGCCCAAAGGAGAACGUGGAGAUCAGGGUAUUCCAGGAGACAAAGGUCCACAGGGUGAAAGGGGGAAGCCUGGCCCAUCGGGUGAAAAGGGGGCUAUGGGUCCCAUUGGGCCACCAGGAGACAGAGGCCAUCCAGGAUCACCAGGUCAUCAAGGUCCCCCAGGUUCACCAGGACCCCCAGGUUUUCUGGCUGAUUCAGUUUCAUCUGAAGAAAUAAAAAAAUAUAUCAAACAAGAGGUUCUUAAGGUUUUCGAAGAGAGGAUGGCUCAGUUUGUAUCCCAGCUGAAGCUCCCUGCAGCAAUGCUUGCUUCCCAAGCUCAUGGAAGACCAGGGCCACCAGGAAAAGAUGGUUUACCAGGGCCACCAGGAGAACGUGGGCUUCAAGGUUAUAGAGGACAGAAAGGGGAAAGAGGUGAGCCUGGAAUUGGACUGCCUGGUAAUCCUGGACCACCUGGCCCUUCAGCUACCGGCCUGCCAGGCCCCCCGGGAACUCCAGGGUCACCCGGACCGCAGGGGCCACCCGGACCUCAUGGAAGAUGCAAUCCGGCAGAUUGCUAUUACCACGUGUCACAGACUCGGCCACGCACCAGUGGGAAAUAAAACCCCUUGCCCAGAGACGCUUGGGUUCACAGCCACUUUUCACUUCUCUCAAUAAGUUGAUUUGAUCGUUGAAAUACUUGGUGCAUUUUUUUUCCCCUAGACACUGCAUAGUGUACAGAUAAUUUAUAAGGCACAGAACUGAGCCUUUUGUGUGUUACUUGCAGUGUCAUAAUUAUGAAAUGAUGCCAUUUAUUUUCUGGAGUGCAUUCCAUGUGUUGUUUCUUGUAUUUAUUUUGCUUAGAGGAGAAAACAGGCCCAAAUAAUUUUCAUAAGCUUCUUUCUUCAAACAGAAAAUAUUUUAUUAUAAUUUAUGACAGUAUGUAUGCCUCAGUAUGUCAGCAGGCUCUAUUUUUCUUGCUAGUGGUGGAGUUUAAAUGGAGCAAAUGCAGCUCGGAGGUUUUUAACGUUAGCAGUGAGUGUCGACUCUUAGCUGGAGUGCUGGGAACUCUGUUUAGACUAAACGCUACUCUCCCUCGAGGACAUCCCAGCCCGCCUCGCUGGAGCGGGUCUGUCACGCGCCGCGACCGCCGCCAGUCCGUGCAGUCGGGUCCCAGGUGUCACAGGAACGAAGGUGUUCUUCUGAUCUCUGUAUUGCCGCGCGACACUGCAGUGCAGACUGACUGGGGAUCUCCCCGGUGUCACCCCGAGAGGCCUGCCUUUCCACUGAAAGUUACCCCGGUUCAGAGCUCAGACGGCUGUGCCGUGGUGGAUACGCGUGCUCCGGGUGCGGGACUGCUGGUGCCUGCCUCCUAGCUGGGAACUGGCACCUCUUCGAGCAGCUGAGGAGCUUAGUGAGCGCGUCAGCGUUGCCUGGAACCAAGCUGCUCUGCAUCUACAUCUGCUUAAAGCAAAGGAGACCUCUCGCUGUAGAGCGGAGCUGUUGGGCAGUGAGAUGGCCAAGAAGGAGCCCUCGCCGACCUCUAAACAGCUUCCUAAUGGCGCCGUCUCCCUCUUUUCCCUGCCAUCGUUAUGCGCCAAAACAAGAGAAAGCAAGAUUCACAGGUCCUAACAAGCGACUACAAAAAAAAAAAAAAAAAGUUUGAGUUCAAUAGAAAGACGGGAAGAUUACCGAACCCGCCCUUGUAACAUACGAUGCAAGGGGAUUGCCUGCGGUCUGCAAGCACCGUGUGAGUCCUCCAGACCAGACACUGUCAGUAAAGAAGAAAACACGAGUGUGAAUCCUGCGGAGCUCAAAUCGUUCAGCAGAGGAAAGAAAAGCUGGACCGAGUCACUCGGAGAGAGCCUGGAUCUGGGAGAGGAGGGAGAAGGGCUGGCCAAAGGGUGUUUGUUUUUUUUCCCCCUGGUUAUUAUGAACCGUGAUGCCGCAGCAGCUGCAGACCAGCCCUAAGGCGCUCGCUGCGGCGUGACAGCAGUCGCGAGCGGUGCCGAGAGAAGGCGGCGGCGGCGCGCAGCCCCGCACGAAACUCCCCGCGCGAUUCAACCGCCGCGUGCUUUCCCGCUCAAACCCAGU